UCUUAGUUGAGGAGUACAGCAAGGGCAGCCACGUUGGAUCGAAGUACACAUUCGAGAAGACAAGUGAAAGAAGCCUCAAAGAAACAGCGGAAAUGACUUCCAUAUAUCACAUCAACCAUGCCAUCUCCCUCACAUCGUCACAGAAAGACGAGAUGGCCGAUGAGCUUACAAAACUACACACGAGCACCUUCGGCGUCCCGCGUCUCUUUGUUCAAGUUCGAUUCCGCGCCGUGCAAACCCCGUCGGCAUUUUCACCUGACCCUCGCCUUGAAGAUGACGCCGCCGACCACGACACCGUCUACAUUGGCGGGCGAAGGCAACUGAGCCCCACAAAUUCCAUCGAGGUCAACAUCGCAUUACCAUCGGAUUUCAAACAGACGCGGAAUGGACGAGGUGCUGGCGACGCAGGGGAGAGCGAAUCGCAGACGAAGAACUCUGCACAAGAGCUCCUGAAGUCCAUCGUGUCCCUCUGGGACCGUGUCGCGCCUUUACCGGUCUCCCGCUUCACACGUGGUGCGAACCAGACCGACGGAGAACGAGGUGAUUUCGAGCUACACAGCUGUAUCGUCCAUGGAAUUCGCGGCAGUGACUCAGCUGGCGCUUCACCGUACUUUGCAAGUUACGUUGCAGGAAUCAUCCUGCCCGACCUCGAGGAGAAUGUGAAGACGUGGGUCGAGCGCAAUUCCGAGAAAUUUCAAGCCGCACUGGGGAAUAGCAAGAAGCGAAAGCAAAACUUCGAUGCGGAGAGCACUUCCGCCAACAAUGCCAGCGCCAGGAAGGGAGACGAAGGUUUCGAUCGGGAUGGAUGGGGUACAGGCCUGCUGCAAGGAUUGGUGGCAGAUCUGGGGAAGGAUGGUCGCAAUCCUUCCUCUGACUUCGAAGAUGAGGAAACGCUGAAACGAAGGAAAGAGCAAAGGGAGCGGGAUCAGCAGGCCGAGAGGGAGAGAAAGACGAGGGAAUUGGAAGACAUGUUGGGAUGGGGCGACGCUGCUUGAUGGAUGGCUGGAAUCCACCGUGAAAGUUGAUGAUGACAUGUCACGCAGCGAAGACACUUUGUUUCGAUGCUGCGAUGCCGUCGCUCACUGUCCGGAUUCUCAGACAAAAAUCCAGAUGCCGAGGAAGGAGGACCCCUCUCCGAUUGAUUCAUCAACCAGAAGUGAAAAUCGAAAUUGCGGGUCAACUGUAGUUCAUUAUUUCCGGCUCACUGCUCCCUACCUCGCGAAGCUUCACAACGUUCCGACCAAUCUUUGACACGAACGGAACAAAAAUUAUUCAUGUAUCAAUCAAUACCUGACGCGAGACUAAAAGGAAUUAAGGCGGAAGCGCCAGGAAAAUGCAAAAGAUUGAUUUCGCCCGGGCUCGAACCGGGGACCUUGAGUGCAUCUAA